CUAACGAGACUUCCGGUGCUUCUAAUUCUAGCGUCAACUCGAAUGACGUGAAGAAAGAGAGCGAAGAUAUGGUGACCUCAGAAGAGACCAAAAAGGAAUCGGUUGCGUCUCCGGUGACCGCCAACGAGUCAACUGAUGUGAAGCCUGAGGUGAAGCCGACGGUCCCCGUCUCGACAUCCUUACAGACAACGCACAAACAGGUCGCCCGUCAGGUCCAGAAGAAGAUCUUCAAACCCGACGAAUUACGUCAGGCCUUAAUGCCUACACUCGAGAAGCUCUACCGUCAGGACCCGGAGUCGCUUCCAUUUAGACAACCCGUCGAUCCAACACUUCUUCAGAUUCCAGACUAUUUUGAUAUAAUUAGGCGACCGAUGGAUCUGUCGACCAUUAAGAAGAAACUCGACACCGGUCAAUACCAGGACCCUUGGCAGUACGUGGACGAUGUCUGGCUUAUGUUCGACAACGCCUGGCUCUACAAUAGGAAAACCUCUCGUGUCUACAGAUACUGUACUAAAUUAUCCGAAGUGUUUGAAGCAGAAAUAGAUCCCGUUAUGCAAAGCUUAGGCUAUUGUUGUGGUCGUAAAUAUGUAUUUCAACCACAAAUCCUUUGCUGUUUCGGCAAACAGUUGUGUACUAUUCCUAGAGAUGCAAAAUAUAUGAGUUUUCAGAAUAAGUAUACCUAUUGUAUGAAAUGUUUUACUGAUAUUCCCGGAGAAGUGGUGACCGUUGGAGAUGCCUUCGGACUCGACCCCACGUCGACCAGCUCUCAGACCAUUCCUAAGGAGAAGUUCCAAGAAAUGAAGAACGAUCACUUGGAUGUCGAGCCUUUCAUUGACUGCAAAGAUUGC